AAAUAUUAUUAGGUACUUAGAUACUACUUUCGAAUUUGUUAUGAUUGAGGUUUUUAAAGAAAGAUUUAAAGUAUUAAAAUAAAUAUUAAGUUUCCUAAAAGUAUUAUUACAAACAUUUCGGAUUGUGAGUGAAACUCAAAUGACUGUUAAGAGUGCAAUUUUCCUUAGUCUCAAGGCCUUCGCUUCAUCCGUAGUUUUUUUAUCAUGAUAAAAUUUUAAGUAUUCACUGUGAAGUAUAAAAUCAGUCACAUACAUGAUCGUUCUCAAUACGUUCACAAUCUUUAUUCAAGUUGCUUUUAUAGUAUUUAUGUCAUUAUUGUCUAUGAAUAUUAUUCGUCACUUUUCUGGCAUUGCGAAAAGAAUGGCUGUAUUAGCGCCAGCAAUAUUUGUUAACCAUGGAGGUGGUCCUAUGCCCUUAUUAGGGGAAAAAGACCAUUUAGGACUAACAGAAUUUCUUCGAGACGACGUAAAAAAACAUGUUAACUUUAAGGAAGUGAAGGCCAUAAUCUUGGUCACCGCACAUUGGGAAGAACAAAAAGUGACAAUUUCAUCAGCAGAUCAUCAUGACUUGUACUUCGAUUACUACGGUUUCCCUCCAGAAACUUAUAAAUACAGCUAUGACGCCCCAGGAGAUCCAGAGUUAGCCAAACGUAUUCAUACAUCACUAAAGAAUGCUGGUAUUGAUUCUAAAUUGGACCCAAAAAGAGGUUGGGAUCAUGGUGUAUUUGUGCCUAUGAUGUUAAUUAAUCCGAAUGCUGACAUUCCAAUAAUUCAAAUAUCAGUUCUAUCAAACCAGGACCCAGAGCAGCAUUAUGCUUUCGGACAAGUUUUGUACCAGUUCCGCAAAGAAGGUGUUGCAAUAAUUGGAUCGGGAAUGUCAUAUCACAACAUGCGUGAAUUUAGACUCAGUCGUAACACUGGUAACGUUGUGAAUGCUGAAUUUGAUGAAUACCUUAAUAAAGCUUGUACGUCAGGUAAUGAAAAAAGGAAACGAGAAUUGAUAGCUUGGAAUUCCCAGCCUGGUGCAAGAGAAGCCCAUCCACCAAGAGCCGCUGAGCACUUGAUGCCUCUCAUAGUGAUUGCUGGUGCUGGUGGUGAAGGUCCAGGGGAGAGGAUCUUUAACUGGGAUAUGAGUGGUACUUUCAGAUUGAGCGGGUUUAUAUGGAAAGGUGAAUGAUGUCACAGUUAUGUCAUGAUAAGUAUAUGUAUCAACAUUAAAUUAAAUAUAAAUGAUAAAAAAUGGAAUCUAAUCAGGCAAAAUACAUAAAUGAGUGCCUAUAUAAAACAUUAAUGUAAAACGACACAAUAUUUAAAUAAUAAUUCUCAUUUUAACAACUCCAAAGAACAAUAUAUGCUAACGACUAUACUUUUUUUUUUGUAGCUUUAUUUUUAUGUGUUUUGAAAGUGGUAAAACAAAACAUGUAUUAAAUUAUAAACAAUAAGGGAAAUAUGCAUGUUUGUGCAACUCACUGCAAGCCAUGCAGCAAUAGUAAAUGAGGAAUAUGUCACUAAAAUAUCAUUUCAGACAUCAUCACACGUAUUCAAGUUUCACUUCAAUAAUAUUAUAUACCGAUACAUACAUUCGAUUGCUUUUCUCUGCUAAAAACUUUUUAUAGAUUUAAAAACUAUAUUAGAAAUGGUUGGUUAUUAUGAAUUUAUUUAGUUAAUAUUUAGAGCUUGAUUGUUCAUUUAAUUAAUAAAAAAAUAUAUUUAAAAAAAUCUGUUAUUAAAGUUAGAUAUUAGAUUUAUCAAAGUUAUUAGUGAAUAAGUUUCUAUAUUUAUUAUAUUUUCAUCAUUUUCCUACAUGUAGUUCAUACAUGAAAUAUCUAAAAAAAAAAUUAUAGCAUGUGAUUUCAGUAUAUGUGUUAUUAUUGGUCUUUAUACAACUAAAUGUAUUAAUAUAUUAGUUUUCACUGAGUUAACUUUUAGCAAGUUACCUUGCUCACAACAGUCUUGUGGCAGACGGUCAGUCUUAUGAAAUGUAUCGAGAUGAAAUCAUAGACAGUUUUUACUUUUUAUAGUUUUGACAUAUUUCUAAUAUGUUAAUAACAUAGAAUUGCACUCAUUGGUGACCUUGAAAUUCAACUAUAAACGGUGCCCGUCGCAGUUUGACAUCACACAAGUCUUGCUGAAAUGUCGACAAAUAAAAAUACUGUCAAAAUAUGGACACAAUGAAAAAAAUGAUAACAUAACAGUUAUUUUUAAUUAUUUAUUUUUGGGACUGGAGAAUGGGACCUUUAGAAUAUAGUUAGUUGUUAUUGCGCCUUAUAAUAUUGUAUAUUUUUAAAAAUAAAAAAAAUAUUUCAUUAAA